UUUGGCCUCAGGAGGAAUACAUCGUGGAAUAUUCUCUGGAGUACGGCUUCCUGCGUCUGUCGCAGAGCACGAGACAGAGACUCAAUAUCCCCGUCAUGGUGGUCACUCUAGAUCCCAUGAAGGACGAGUGUUUCGGAGAUGGCUUCAGUCGUUUCCUGCUCGACGAGUUUUUGGGAUACGACGACAUCCUGAUGUCCAGCGUGAAGGCGCUCGCUGAGAACGAGGAGAACAAAGGGUUCCUGAGAAACGUGGUCUCUGGAGAACAUUACCGCUUCGUCAGCAUGUGGAUGGCCAGAACAUCCUACCUGGCUGCAUUCGUCAUCAUGGUCAUAUUCACUCUGUCGGUGUCCAUGCUGCUCAGAUAUUCUCACCACCAGAUCUUCGUCUUCAUCGUGGACCUUCUUCAGAUGCUGGAGAUGAACAUGACCAUCGCCUUCCCAGCAGCCCCUCUGCUCACCGUCAUCCUGGCCCUCGUCGGCAUGGAGGCCAUCAUGUCUGAGUUCUUCAACGACACGACGACGGCUUUCUACAUCAUCCUCAUCGUCUGGUUGGCCGAUCAGUACGACGCCAUCUGCUGCCACACGAACACCAGCAAGCGCCAUUGGCUGAGGUUCUUCUAUCUGUAUCAUUUUGCCUUCUACGCGUAUCACUACCGCUUCAACGGGCAGUACAGCAGCCUGGCUCUGGUCACUUCCUGGCUCUUCAUCCAGCACUCCAUGAUCUACUUCUUCCACCACUACGAGCUCCCGGCCAUCCUGCAGCAGAUCCGGAUCCAGGAGAUGUUGCUCCAGAACCAGCAGGCGGGUCAGAACAACCAGACGGCUCUGCAGGACAACCUGAACAACAACCUGAACAACAACCAAAAUAAUGCUGCUGCUAAUGCUGCUAACGAUGCUAACGAUGCUAAUGAUGCUGCUGCAGCACCCGAAAACAACACCGACAACCCUCCAGGACCAACUGCUGAUCAACCAGAGACCCCAGCGGACCCCCUCGCCUCCCCUUCCUCCCCAAAUGCAGCAGCUGUGGGAGGAGAGGUGAGGUCCGAAUUGAACUGGGUUUCUCAAACGGCCGCUAUUAUUACUGAAGCUUUGUCUUCUUCUAACCAGCCUGUAGGAGGAGACGAAUUAGAAGCAGCAGCAGGAGGAGGAGGAGGAGGAGGAGGAGCGUUGGAUGUUGUUGAGAUUAAACCCAAAGUGGGAGGAGCCUCACCCGAGUCUGACCCCCCUCUGAAGGAGGAGGAAAAGGAGGAGGAGGCGCCCCCCCUCCCCAAAACUGACUGUCCCCCCCCUCAUAGUGCCGGUACAGACUGCAGAGCAGAGAGUCCGUCCUGAGAGGAAAACAAAACCCAGUCCUCAGGCUCUCAGGAUCAGGAGCCAUUUUAUUAUUUUAAAAACAUCUGAUGGAUUAGUUCCCAACCUGAGGCCACACAGGAAGUGAAUUUUAGUUAAUUUCUCCUCUUCAAAUUAAAAAGAAAGGAAAUGUUUUGGUUAAACUGCUUCUAGGAAACAUGAAUCUGAGCGUCAUCUGCAUUUAAAGUGAUUUAUUUUAGGAAGGAAGCCAAAACAACGGGAAGGUUUCCAAUGAGUGAAACAUGAUUGAUUGAUUAAUUAUUAAUCAGUAAUUGAUUAAUAACUGAUCAGUAAUUGAUGAUCGGAUAAAUGAUUGAUAAGUUGUUGAUCAGCCCUGAUUCUGACAGACUGAAGCACAAACCUGAUUUCUGUUUCAAUCUGCUUUAAUUUUGAAGAAAAGACUCUUUGAGAGCAGGAAGUGGACGGAUGCCUUAUCAAUGAUCCUUCAGAGACGCUCAGCAGCGGAGCCAGCUGAUUGGUUGUGCAAUAUGACACCGUCAUACCUCAGGCUCCGCCUCCUACCUUCAAUGUGAUUCGUUCUGGUGGUGCGUUCAGGUUCCCCUCGUCAGCUUGUAAAUGUCAAUCUGUUUGCUUCUGUCGUCACGUCGUCACAGCUUAAGGCAAAUACACACAACUCCUGUGGUUCAGUCUUGGGUCCCUGAACGCACCAUGAGCUGGGGUACCUGAACGCACAGCAGGCUGUUGUGAAGGAGGCGGAGCCUGCAGUGUGACAUCACAGGAACUGAACAAAGUGAUGUGGGGGGGGUAUUUUUCUUCUUCGUGCCUCUGCUGGAUGACUGUAGCCUCGUUAGCUGAUCUGAAGCCUGAAACUCAUCAAACUGUAUUUAACUGUCCAGUAAACCAGUGCAGCUGUUUGCACACAGAC